GAAAAAAAAGAAAUCAGUUCCUUUAUUUCUUUCUUCGUUUUCGAGCGCGCCAAAUGUCGGACGACGACCUGAGCCAGCUCGAUGCGCUGACCGAAGACACUCACAGCAGCAACAUUAGCGACGAGAGUGUUGUUCUCGGCCUGCACGAGCACGGGGACGGCAACGACGUGUCGCUGUUCGACGAGCACCCGCUCGAGCACGACGAUGAGGGUGAAGAAGAGGACCUGUACGGCGGCGGCGGCGGCGGCGGCGACCCGUUCCAGGAGCAGCCGUUCCAAGAGGAAGGCGAAAUGGAAGAGCUCGACCACCUUGACACAGCCGAGCUCGAGUUUGGCGCCACAGAGCAUCCCGGCGACAGCAGCACAGCUGAGGCCGGGUUUGAGUUUGGGCGGGAAAAUUUGAAUGUGGAUUCAAUGCGCCUGCUCGAUGCACUCAAUGCCGACGAGUCGCAGCUCGCAGACGACAGACACGCCCUGCCAUCAGAAGAAACAGACGCGACGGACAAAGCUACACACAGUCAACACAUGCAGGCGGACUCGGCGCCAUCGGAACAACGGCAGAGAGUCGUGGCGGCGGGCGCUGCUGAGACCGACAGCCGACCGGCACUCCAGCGCGCGCUCGAGCCCGCAGCAGCUGCCAGUCGACCACUGCUGGCAUCGACAGCCACUCGCGUCUCACCAACGAGGCUUGGCGGCGGCGGCGGCGGCGGCGGCGACGCGUACGAGAUGGCCAUCCUUGGCGGCACUCCCGCGCGCGGACCUGCUGGGACGAGCUCCGCUCUUCCAGCAAUGACAACCCCACAGAGGCGCGUGGGUCCCACCCGCUACAUGAGUCUGGAUCUUGUUCGUCUGUUGAGCAAGAAGCAGGACCCCAGAGACGUGAUUUCACUCACACUCAGCUUCCCGAACGACCCGAUGGCGGGAAAGUUUGAUCGCAUCGAGCAGCUCGACGCGUUGGUGAAUUUGCGCGUGCUGGAUCUCAGUUACAAUUUGCUUGCUCGCAUUGAGGGCCUUUCUCGCCUGGCCAACCUUCGCGACUUGGAUCUCUCACAUAACAACAUUGAGCGCAUUGAGAAUAUCGAAUCGCUCGGCCAGCUGGCGCGCCUCAAUCUCGAGCACAACAACAUUCGCGCCAUCUCUACGUCCGUGCGGAGCCUCCGGAAUCUCAAAGUGCUGCUGCUGGGGAGCAACCGUCUUGAGAAUCUUGGCGAUCUGGACGUGUUGAGUCCGCUGAUCAAUCUAGCAGUGCUCACGCUGUCCGGCAAUCCCAUGGCUGUUCCACUGCACGCGCGCGCCUAUGCCAUCUUUACUGUGCGCUCUCUUGACACGCUGGACGGCGUUCAAGUUUCGUCCGCGGAGCGAGAGCAGGCUGCAGUGCAGUUUGAGCGAGCUGCCCUUCUCCAAGCGGAAACCCACGCCCAGACGCUCGAUCGAGAGCGCGCAGCAGUCACACAAAAGCUGUCAGUGACCGAGUCGAAGGUCGCACAAACGCAAGCGCAGGCUGACGCGCUUUCCCGCAAGAAUCGCGAAUUGAGCGACGAAGUUGCUCGAUUGGCGGCCGAGCGAGCUAUUGAAGCCGAGAAGCUCUCCAAACUCGCGGCAGAAAACGCCUUGCGAGACAGCUUGCUGGUAAAAUGGCAGCUCGAGCACUCGGAAAAGGAACACAACGAGUUGCUGAAAGCGGCAGGCCCCACCACUCCGGCUCGCUCAACUGGACGAGCAGCGUUUGCACCAGCCACCGCGCCCACGCGCUUUGCAACCAUGCCCGGAUUCACUCCUCGCAGGCCCACCACUGGCCAGCAGCAGGGUCUACUUCAAGCUCCUGCAACCACGAUGCCUGCCUCGCGCUGGGGUGUGACACCGGUUCAAGGCAGAACAGCUGUCGACACCCGACAUUUAUUCGAGCAGGCGUUCGCUCCUCGGUCCAAGGACACUUCCGUGUUACUCGAUGAAACAGUUGAAACCAUUGCAGCAGCCGAGCCGUUUCAAUCUUCGUUCCAUCCAAAUCAAUCCGGCUAUGUUUCUGUGCCACAGCAACAGCAACAGCAGCAGCGGCAGCAACCACCCCAGCAACAACAACGACAGCAACAACAGUUCUCUGACGUGCAGUCCUCCUUCCUUCGAGGUAGCAAUUUGAACGACUCAGUGUACCCUUCUCAAGGGUCUCAAACACCCCGGGGCGAGCGCAUGCCAUCGACUGGCGCCACAUACACUCAGACACCCCAGCAACAAUCACAGCCUCCGCGCGCUUCCUACUCGCAGCAAAUGUUUGCCUCGUCAGCAUCUCCUUAUGCACACACUCAAAGCUACCCGCCUCAGCAGAAUGUUUCGUCGCCUCAAUCGCGCCCGUCUCAACAAGGGCAGCAACAUCAGGCCCAACCACAGUUUCAAACACAAGCCCGGCCGCAGCAACAACAACCGCAGCAACAACACCAGCAACAACACCAGCAACAACACCAGCAACAACACCAGCAACAACACCAGCAAACCCAACCUCGAGGCUUGCCAUCGCUGGAAUCAUUGAGACUGACAGGAGACAAGUUCCCCUUCCCUGAAGAAUACGCACGAAUGAAACUGUCGCAGCUAUUGCAGGCGAUUGCGGUGCAGGAGGCCAAAUUGCGCGAGGGUGCUGAGCAACGACUCGAGCAACAGCUGGCACUGGAUCGCGAUGGGUCGGCGCUUGCCGCUCUGUCGGACAACCAUGCCCAGGUGCAGGCAGAGAUGGACCGGCUCGAGGAUGAGCUGGGUGCGCUCAAGCUGCUGACGGUCGAGCAACAGGCCCGCCACUUGGAGGCUGUCAGGGCGUUUGCGGCAAUCUCGCAGGCGUUGGAAACCAAGCAACGGGAACACGCCGAGUUGGCGUACCAAAACAACAGCGCACAGCUGCUGCUGGCAGAGUGGCAGGACGAGCUCGUCCAACGGCAGGCCAACGUCCAGCACGUGCGACUCGAGUCUGACGACGCGAGACGCUUGGCAACCGAGCACCUCGAGGAAGCUCAACAGGCACUUCUAAGCACGCAGGAGCGGAUUGAAUCCACGCGUGAAGCUUUGCAAAAGAUUGAGGAAGAGUCCAUCGAGGCUCAGGCGCAAAAGCGAGUGGCUGCUGCGCGCCUCGAAGAAGUCGGGGAAUUGCUCCAACAGCGGCUGACUGAAAACGCGCGCAUCACGUUGGCCCUGCAGGCCCAGAGUCAGUUGCUGGAGCGCGUCGAGAUGGACAAGCGGGAGGCUGAGAAAGCCCUUGCUCACACGCUGGAGCGACACCGUGCCGCCGAGACGCUUGCCGCACAGGCCCAGGCCGAGCGCGAGCAGGUGGAGUCAACGUUGCAAAUACUCCUCAGGCAGCGCGAUUCCCUUCAGCUGGAGCUGGCCCAGCUGCAAGAGGACACUGCGCGCCACGCACGAAUCCUGGAUGCGGCUCGGGCCGAUGCCCAGCUCGAGCGCACUCGCUGGGAGCAGCAACGCCAGCAGCGCGAGCAGCAGGAUCAGUUGGAACGCCAAGAGCGCGAGCUCAAGCUCCAGCGAGAGCGGCAGGAGCACGAGCGUCAGCUGGCGCUGGAGCGCGCUGCCGAUGAAGAACGGCGUCGCGUUCGUGCUGAAGAAGUAAAGCAGCAGCAAGCAGAAGACGCCAAGCGGAGAGAGCAGGCCGAGGCAGCGAAGCGUCAAGAGCAGGUCGAGGCAGCAAAGCGGCAAGAGCAAGCAGAGGCAGCGAAGCGUCAAGCGCAGCAGCAGCAGCAGCAGCAGCAGCAGCAGCAGCAGCAGCAGCAGCAGCAGCAGCAGCAGCAGCAACUGCAGCAGCAACAACAGCAGCAGCAACGGCAUCAAGCGGCCGUUCUGUCGCCCGUAAAGCAACCUGCAGCCGCCUCGGAGGUAGCACAACAGCCACCAGUGGUACCGCUCUCAGCUCCGGCAGCAGCAGCAGCAGCAGCAGCUGGCGUCCAUCCUCAAGCCUGGGCUGGCGGCAUUCCGACCAGCAAGCCCGCCACAGCCACGGGCCGACCAAUCUACCUGCCUGCCGAUGGAGAUGUGGCGUUGCUCCCGCCGAUGGCGUACUGGGAGACGGUCGGCACUGUUGUGGGUCGCUCUGCAACCGCGGCGAUUGCUUCUCAUCUGCAAGAGCACCCGAUCGCCUCGUCGACCGCGGCCCCGCCCGUCCUUCUUCCCAAUGCGAUGCCCAGCUUCCAAUCCGUUCCUGCCUCCUCGAUGCCACACUUUUUCAACUCGUCCAACUUUGAUGGGCGUUCGGCAGGCGGACCUGGGUUGGGCGCCGCCCCGCCCAUGUUCCCUCCUGCGGCCAUCAUCCCGCCGCCAGGCGCCAGAGUGUGGCGAUUCGACACGCCAGACACCUAUCCAGAGAUUGCCCCGACCGUCUACCCUCCUCGCACGACAAUGCCGCACCUGCCGUCGACCGCCGCCGACGAGCUUCGUCAAAAGCUCGCUCUCUGGCGCCAGCAGUUCGAUCGCGACUUGAAGCUCGAGCUCGAGGCCAGCAUGGCUGCAUUGACGCGCCCGAAACAGGCGUACCACGACCAAGUUGUCCAGUUGACCAUGCAGCUCAAGAGUGCCCAGGAUAUUUUCUUGAACAACUCGACCAUUACCACGACCACGCAUCAAGCCACCAGCACGUACUCUGGCUCAGUCAUGUAUCAUCAUCAUCACCAUGUCUAGUCGAGACGGAGGAGUCGAGGCGGUCUUUCCUUUUUUUCUUUCUUUUGGGUUGAUACAGUAUUACAUCCAGGUGUUAUUAUUAUUUUCAUUUUUUGCAAUACAG